CAGUAUUGAAGUUGAAGUGUCUUAGGCAAAAUCUUCCGCGGGUGAGAUUAUCAUACCCUCUGCGUAUAUAAACGGCACACUUUCCUCGGUCGUUUCAGUUUCGCACGCAGAAACCGCCAUUUCUGUGCAGAAUUCGAAAAUAGCAAGACGGUGAGUUAGAAUACACGCGAGGUUUUCUCCGAUCAAACGACACCGUUCGAUCAGAAACCCUAGGAGCCGGUGAGGCGAAGAACCUGUCGGGCAUGUUCAUCGUAAUCGCAGCGGCGGGGACUUAAUGGCCAGCAUAAAGCCUUUGCCGGAGGCUGUGCGUAGCUCACUGCGUUCUGGCAUUUUCCUCUUCGACUUCACGCGUGUCGUCGAGGAACUUGUUUUCAAUAGCCUCGAUGCUCGUGCCACAAAGGUAUCAGUGUUUGUUAGUACUAGGAGCUGCUAUUUGAAAGUUGUUGAUGACGGAAGUGGAAUCCCUCGAGACGAGCUGGAGUUGGUGGGAGAAAGAUAUGCAACAUCAAAAUUUCUUAAUUUGAUUGACCUGAAUGCCACGAGUGAGAACUUCGGUUUUCGUGGGGAAGCUUUAGCUUCCAUAUCUGAAGUCUCUUUGCUGGAAAUUGUGACAAAAACAUAUGGAAGGCCCAAUGGAUAUCGAAAAGUAUUGAAGGGGUGCAAGUGUUUAUAUCUUGGUAUUGAUGAUGAUAGAAAGGAAGUGGGCACCACAGUUGUUGUCCGUGAUUUAUUUUACAACCAACCAGUUCGGAGAAAAUACAUGCAAUCCAGUCCCAAUAAGGUACUGCAAUCAAUCAAGAACUGUAUAAUGCGGCUUGCACUUGUGCGCCCAAAUAUUUCCUUCAAAGUUGUUGAUAUUGAAAGAGAGGAUGAGCUCUUUUGCACACAUUCUGCUUCUUCUCCUCUGCCACUUGUAACCAGUGGCUUUGGGGUAGAGGUCGCAAGCUCUCUUCACAAUUUAGAAGUUGAGAAUGAUAUUGUAAAGCUUUCUGGAUAUAUAUCUGGUCCUUGCAAUACUGUGUAUACGAAGGCCUUGCAGUAUGUCUAUGUCAACUCACAAUUUGUUUGCAAGGGCCCAGUUCACAAGCUUGUGAGUCAACUGGCUAAUAGGCUUGAGCAUCUGAACUCAUGGAAUACUGAUAAAGAAUUCCGAAGCAAGAAGAGAACCAGGUGUCAACCAUGUCCAGCUUAUCUCUUGAAUUUGAGUUGCCCCCGAUCUUUGUAUGAUUUGGCCUUUGAGCCAUCAAAAACUCAUGUUAAAUUCAAGGAUUGGACUCCUAUACUAAACUUCAUUGAGAAGGCCAUCAAACAAUUCUGGGAGGAAAACAUAGCUUGUGUAGAUCCCUCCAACGAAGCCACAUACAUGGUAGAAGAUCAACAAGAGAAAGCAGAUGUCAACAUCAUUUCAGCAGUAUCAGAUAUGUCAAAGUUUAGAAACCAAAAUCGUAAGGAUUGCCUAGAUCUCUUUUUUUCUACUUCAGACAAUCUAAUUGAAGAUGACUAUCAUCAAUCCAAAAUGGAAGAUGUUGAUUACUUUGGAGCCACAAUGUUCAAAGUGCAACAAAGUAAGGGAGACUUUCUUCUUCAGACUGGUUAUUCUGGCAACUUAUUGGAUGGUUCUUAUGCCAAGUGCAACUCCACUGUGAUGAGAAAGCAUAAUAGUUUGUUGAUGCAUGAUAGCAAUAGUUUACUGGAAGGUGAUAACUUUUUUGAUGGUGAAAUUCCUGCUGUAGAAAGUUUCAACAUUGAUGUACCUUUUGAUGCACCGAGUUCUUCACAUGGAAGAAGAUUCCAUAAAGUAGAAGCUGAUGUGAUCAAUGAAUCAUUUGAAGAUGAUUUACUUUAUAAUAGCUGCAGUGGGUAUGGUUAUGAUGUAAAGAUUAAUGGGGAUUUGCAACAACCUUUUCUAAAGAGAUGCUCUAUGCUAGGAAGUAUCCUGCAUGAGAAGGCUUUGUUCGUAAAUGAUGAACAUGAACUCCAAACUGAUGGCUUUUGGAGCAAACAGAAUACAGAGGAGGAUUAUAGAAGUGGUAAGGAUUUAUAUGUCCAUCGUUGUCCAGAAGUCACAAAAAAAUUAAAGAUUACUAAAGAUUCUGAUUUCCUUGUUAGACCGUUGUCUGAAGAAAAUUGUCUCCCUCCAGAUUCGUGCUAUUCAGCAUUACAAAUAGGAAGCUCUGGGUCAGAUGAUCAGUUGUUAAAUUUUGAAUGGCAUCCUGUCCACCAAAACCCCUCAUCUCAAGCAUCUGCAUUGGGUGUUUGUCAUACAACUGAUAUUGAGGAUGAGCUUGGAGAAAUAUCUAGAUACUAUAAAAGGAUCCAUCAUACAAAACAUUUUGAUGAUAGAGAGGCUGAUUGCAGAUUCAGCUACAAUAUGUCAAGGAAUGCCAACCAACAUUGCUGUGCAUCAAGUUUUGCAAAUAUUGGAUUUAAUUUUGAUGUUGCGGGUGAUUGUGGUGAAAUAUUCAACAGACUAGUUGACAGGCCUGAUUUCGGUGAUAUACAUUCUUCAAAAAGGUCAGAUAUUUUAAACGAGGAGCCUGACUGGCUGUUGUCCAAGUCAUGUAUUAAAAGCUGCAAGAGACCUAACAAGAACAAAGGCAAAAGGGAUCGAUUUAGAAAUUCAACUUUGGAGGAGAAUCUUGAAAGAUCUAGAAGAAGCUUUUCCGCUCCUCCUUUUCAUAGAAGCAAAAGGAGGUUUUUCUCUUUAAAUCAUCCUUCAGAAAUGAUAGCCAAAAGACAGAUUGGCCGAGUGUCCAACCCUGCUUUCAAUCAUCAAGAAGCUAGUAAUUUUAAAUAUCCGCAACAGUCUCCUGUUGCUCUUCACCAGAGCACUGAAGAUUUCUUAUUGCAAGAAUUCAAAAUUAAUGUGAAACAAACUACAGAGGUUCUGGGAGAUAUGCAGGAUAAUGACAUUGCAGAUAUUGAUGAAUUUGAAAGUUUCAACAUUCAAAAGAGUGCUCCAUUUGGGGAAUUGAUCUCAAGGGAUGUGCAAGAUUCCAUAGAUUAUGGGACUAAAUGGAGGAACUGCUCACCCAAAAUUACAAAGAAUGAUAAACUGGCUAACAUUCAAAGUCAAAACAAUAUACUUGACAUUUCUUCUGGAUUCUUGCAUCUUGCUGGAGACUCAUUGAUUCCUGAAACUAUCAGUAAGAAAUGCCUAGAGGAUGCUAAAGUUCUGCAUCAAGUGGACAAAAAAUUCAUUCCAGUUGUGGCUGGCAGAACCCUUGCUGUUAUUGAUCAGCAUGCUGCAGAUGAAAGAAUCAGACUGGAAGAAUUGCGUCAAAAGGUAUUGUCAGGAGAAGAAAAAGCAAUAACCUAUCUAGAUGCUGAACAGGAACUGGUAUUGCCAGAGAUUGGUUAUCAGCUACUUCAUAGUUAUAGUGAACAGAUUAAAGAUUGGGGCUGGAUCUGCAACAUUCAUGCUCAAAAUUCUGAAUCCUUUAGAAGGAGUUUGGAUAUCCUCAACAGACCACAAAUGGCCGUCACACUUAUUGCGGUACCGUGUAUUUUAGGGGUCAAAUUAAAUGAUGUUGAUCUUUUAGAAUUUCUUCAGCAGCUUGCUGACACUGAUGGAUCAUCAACAAUGCCACCCUCUGUCUUACGAGUGCUAAAUUUGAAAGCAUGCAGAGGUGCAAUUAUGUUUGGGGAUUCAUUGCUACCAUCAGAAUGUUCCCUUAUAGUUGAAGAGCUAAAACAUACAUCACUUUGUUUCCAAUGUGCUCAUGGGCGACCAACAACUGUUCCUCUAGUCAACUUGGAGGCACUGCAUAAUCAGAUAGCCAAGCUUCGACUGAUGAACGAGCGUUCAAGUGAUGAGUGGCAUGGAUUACAUAGACAUAAAGUGUGCAUUGAACGUGCAGCACAGCGUUUAAAUUUUGCUAGAGGAAUUUGAGUCUUUGGACGAAGUUGGUUGUUACUAUUAACAGUGUGGAGAUUAGUUUGACAGAAUUCAUACUUCACUGCACAAUCAUUCUUUUGUAACUCGGUGUACAGAAUACAAUUAGUUUGUGCUACUGUGCUUAUAUGAAAAAUAUUGGAUAGCACCAUUUCCAGUGAGUCUUAUGUUUCUGUUUGAAUUUGAUAAAGUUUUACAAUAAUAAUAGAUUGAAUUUGAACGCAAA